AGAUGGCUGUCGGAAAAAGGCAGCCUCUGGAAAGCGAAGCAGGAGACAAACCUGGGAUCGGCGCGCCUUGUGUGUGCAGGGACGUGCCAGCCUUUGCCUCCCGUGUCUGUCUGCGUGUGUGUUUUGAAAAUGUGCGUCUAAUCUGAUGAAGCGGUGGACGGGGUUUAUCCCAGAGGAGGAGGAGGAGGCCAAGCCCGGCUUAGCUGCAUUGUCACGGGCGCCUCGCACUCUGGGACAGUGGGAUGGGGAGCACACUGGGCUGCGUUAAGGAACCGAAGGAGUCUGGUGGCGGAGGGGAGCCCACAAAGGCACCCUUCUCCCCAAAGAGGAAGAAGAAGAAGGGCCGCUUCAGGCGCAGGAGGAAAGGGAAGAAGGGGACAUCCCCCGAGAGAGCGGAUCCGGCACCGGAGGGACCUUAUGAAGCCGUCACCGGAGAAGGAGAAGAAUUGCAGCAGCAGGAUGAUGAGGAACGAGAAGCAGAGAGGAACCUGCCUGCGGCUCCAUUGGAGGUGGAAGGGAAGGACCUUGCCAAGCGGCUGCACCAAAACGGCGCCACCAAAGAGCCCGAUGGGACGGAGGAAGGGCGCCUCGUGCAGGUGAGGGAGCGCUUCCAAGGGGAGCUUGAAAGGGCUCACUUUGUGACAGGGAAACCCUCCUGCCCAUCCUCUUCCUCCAAAGCAGGGAGCCCCAGAGACCCCGUGGAAGAGGGCACCACUGUCAUUGCUCGCUUGCGGGACAAUCCAGCCGAACUGAACCGCGAAAAGGUGACCAGCCAAGUUGUGGCCCACCAGAGAUGGGGCAGCAGCCUAGCUAUCUUGGUGCCAUGGCCCAAGGAAGCCUCUGUCCAGGGAGAGAAGGAAAAGGAAGAAGAGGAAAAGGAGGAGGACUCAGUGGUGGUGGUCUGUCGCUCGUGGGACCAGCCCAAGCCAGAGGUUCCCCUGACGGUGGUGGAGGAAGCUUGGAAUGCAGAGGAUGUGAGCGAAAGCAUCUCCUGGGGGGCCUCCUGGAGCACAGCAGACAAGGGCACUAUCUCAGAGCUGUCCACGCCAUCUCCUUUGGCAGACCAAGCGGGAAGCCAGGAGGGGUCAAAGCCCCAGCGGAAACCCGCUGGCCAAGAGCCACCCUCAGCCACCUGGGCCAAGAUGCCCGCCUCCCAGAGCAAAUCGUCCUUCAGCGACUCAAUGUCCAGCACUUUCUGGUGCUCCUCGGGAUACGGCAGCGACCCCAGCCAUACACAGGGCAAGGCCCAUGCCAACUCCCACCACGAGGAAGACCCCCAAAGAAGAACGCUGGCAAGGAGGGAAAAUCGGUCAGACGAAGAAGGGAUCUCCGACAUCUACAUCAGUGGAACGACUGGGGACUUGACCGCCAAAGAGAAGCUGCUCCUCUGGACGCAGAAAGUGACCGCGGGAUAUGUGCCAGUCAAGUGCACCAAUUUCUCAUCCUGCUGGAAUGACGGGAAGAUGUUCAACGCCAUCAUCCACAGAUACAGGCCUGACCUGGUGGAUAUGCAGAGAGUGGAGAUCCAGAGCAGCCGGGAGAACCUGGAGCAGGCGUUCGAGAUCGCAGAGCGACUGGGCGUCACCAGGCUUCUGGAUGCUGAAGAUGUUGAUGUGGAGUCUCCUGACGAGAAAUCCGUGAUCACGUAUGUGUCUUCCAUCUACGAUGCCUUUCCCAAAGUCCCGGAAGGAGGAGACGGGAUCAGCGCCACCGAAGUGGAUCGGAGGUGGGCGGAGUACCAGAGCAACGUGGAGAGUCUCCUCUCCUGGGUCAAGCAGCACACCAUCAUCAUGUCCGACAAGUCCUUUCCCCAGAACCCGGUGGAGCUUAAGGCACUUUAUAAUGAGUACAUUCACUUCAAAGAGACGGAGAUCCCAGCAAAGCAGCAGGAAAAAAGGAGCAUCGAGGAGCUGUAUAAACUGCUGGAGGUCUGGAUUGAAUUUGGUCGCAUGAAGCUGCCCCAGGGCUUCCACCCCAAUGACGUGGAUGAAGAGUGGGGAAAACUCGUCAUCGAGAUGCUGGAACGUGAGAAGCUGCUGCGGCCGGCCGUGGAAAGGUUGGAGCUGCUCCUGCAGAUCGCAAACAAAAUUCAGAAUGGGACUCUUUGCUGUGAAGAGAAGCUCACUCUGGCGAGGAACACACUACAGGCGGACGAAGCACACCUGGAGUCUGCUCAGGCGGUUCAGCAUGAGUCCGACGUCGUCCUGUACCUCCAGGAGUGCGAGGAGCUCCUCUACCAGCUCCAGGCGGAUGUCCAAAUACUCCGGGACGAGAACUACUACCAGCUAGAGGAACUGGUCGUCAAGAUGGUGCGCCUCCAAGAUGAGCUGGUGACGCUGAAGCUGGAGUGCACCAAUCUGUACCGGAAGGGCCACUUCACCUCCUCCUCCUCCUCUCCCUCCUCGGACAUAGUCCAGCCUUCCUCCUUGCACACUGGCGGGCGCCUUAAGGCCAACCCCCUGCUGAAGGGGCUGCACACGGCCACCACUGCCUCCGCUGCUGCUGCCAUUGCCAUCGCUGCCUCGGCUUCCUCCUGGUUCCGGAAGCCCAUGAGCCGCUCAGAGCUGGUGGCCGCUUCCUCCUCCGAAGACGAGGGCAACCUCCGGUUUGUGUAUGAACUGCUGGCCUGGGUGGAAGAGAUGCAGAUGAAGCUGGAGCGGGCCGAAUGGGGGAAUGACCUGCCGAGUGUCCAAUCCCAGCUGGAGGUCCAGCGUAGUGUCCACAAUGGUGUGGAGGACUUGGGAUCCAGCGUGAAGGAGGCCCGGAUGUAUGAGAGUAAAAUGUCCCAAAAUUUUCGCACGAGUUACACGGAGACCCUUGGAAAACUGGAGGUUCAGUACUGUAAGUUGAUGGAGACGUCCAGUUUCCGCCUUCGCCACCUUCAGAGCUUGUACGAGUUUGUGUCCCUCGCGACGGCCGAGUUAAUUUGGCUGAACGGAAAGGAGGAGGAGGAACUGGCCUACGACUGGAGUGACAACAAUCCCAACAUGGCAGCCAAGAGGAACUACUUCACGGAGCUCACGAUGGAACUAGAAGAGAAGCAGAACAUUUUCCACUCCCUCCAAGACACGGCCGAAUUGUUUUCCCUGGAGAAUCACCCGGCCAAGCAGACUGUGGAGGCCUACAGAGCGGCCAUGCAAACCCAGUGGCAGUGGAUCCGACAGCUGUGCUUCUGUGUGGAGCAGCAUGUGAAGGAGAACACAGCCUACUUCCAGUUCUUCAGCGAUGCCCGUGACUCAGAGUCCUACCUGAAGAGCCUCCAAGACGCCAUCAAGAGGAAGUAUUCCUGUGACCGGAACACCAGCCUGACGCGCUUGGAAGACCUCCUCCAGGACUCCAUGGAUGAAAAAGAGCAGCUGAUCCAGGCCAAGAGUUCGGUGGCCAGCCUGGUGGGGCGCUCCAAGAGCAUCGUCCAGCUGAAGCCCCGGAACCCAGACCACGUUCUGGAGGGAACCAUCUCCGUGAAGGCCGUCUGUGACUACCGUCAGAUUGAGAUCACCAUCUGCAGGAAUGACGAAUGUGUGCUGGAGGACAACUCCCAGCGGAUCCAGUGGAAGGUCAUCAGCCCCACCGGGAACGAGGCCAUGGUUCCAUCCGUCUGCUUCCUGGUGUCUCCUCCCAACAAGGAGGCCAUCGAUGUGGCCAGCAGAGUGGAACAGCUCUACCAGAAGACAAUGGCCCUCUGGCACAAACUUCACGUCAACAUGAAGAGCCUGGUUUCCUGGAAUUACUUGAAGAAGGACAUCUCCGUGGUUCAGGGCUGGAGCAUGGAGAAGCUGAGGGCCUUGCCCUCGGGAGAAUGCCACCAGGCCAUGAGGAACCUGCAGCUGCACUACGACGACUUCUUGGAGGACAGUCGGGAUUCAGAGCUCUUCUCGGCAUCCCAUCGGCUGAGGCUGAAGGAGGAGGUGGAGGCUUGCAAGGAGAAGUUCCAGCAGCUGAUGCAGUCCAUGGAAAAUGAGGACAAAGAUGAAACAGCUUCCCGAACGUACCUUUCUGAGCUGAAAAACAUCCGCCUUCACCUGGAUGAAUGUGAGCAGCGGCUGGUGGGCACCAUCCGCACGCCAAGCAGCACAAGGACGGAUGGCGAUGCCUUGCAGGAAAAUACCUUCCGCAUCGCUGAGCAGGAGCGGCUGAAGGAAGAUCUGCAGAACCUGAAGGCAGACUUGGAUCAGUUUUCGGAGCGGUGCAGCAUUUUCCUGCUCAAGUCCCCUACAGGGUCCAGCACUCCGCACCUCCGUUCGGAGCUGAACCUCCUAGUAGAGAAGAUGGGCCAUGUACACGGGCUUUCCUCCAUCUACCUGGACAAGUUAAAAACGGUAGACAUCAUCAUCCGGAAUACCCAGGGGGCUGAGUCCUUGGUCAAGGGCUACGAGGUGAAGCUCAGCCAAGAGGAAGCAGUGCCCACUGACCUAGCGGCCAUUUGCUCCCACCAGACCACCUUACAGCAAUGGACCAGCGAAGUGAGGGACAAGAAGGCCGUCUUUGCAGCGCUUGAAGAGGACUUGUCCAGAGCCAAAGAGGUAGCAGAGCAACUCUUCCGCCUGAAACAGGAGCGCAGUGUGGACCUGGAGCGCUACCAGGAGAAAGGGGCACAGCUCUGGGAGCGAUGGCAACGGGUCGGCCUCCAGGUGGAGACCCGACAAUCGGACCUGGAGAGUAUCCAAGACGUUCUGGGUGACUACCGGAGUUGCCACGGGGCCCUGAUCCGAUGGAUCGAGGAGACCACUGCCCAGCAGGAAGCCAUGAAGCCAGGGCAGGCCGAAGACAGCCGGGUCCUUUCUGAGCAGCUCAGCCAACAGAUGGCCCUUUUCGCUGAAAUCGAGGCCAAUCAAGCCAAGCUGGACCAAUGCCAGAAACUCUCUCAACAAUAUUCAGCGGCCGUCAAGGAUUAUGAGCUGCAGCUGAUGGCAUACCGGGCCUUUGUGGAGUCGCAGCAGAAGUCCCCUGUGAAGCGCCGGCGCAUGCUUUCCUCCUCGGACACCAUCACCCAAGAGUUCAUGGACCUGCGGACACGCUACACGGCCCUGGUGACGCUGACCACGCAACACGUGAAGUACAUCAGUGAUGCCCUUCGGCGUUUGGAGGAGGAAGAGAAAGUGGUUGAGGAAGAAAAGGUAGAGCACGUGGACAAAGUGAAAGCGCUCCUGGGCUGGGUCUUGAAUUUUAAACAGAGCUCACAAUUCAAAAACAUCCCAUCGGAGAGUAAAGACCUUGGCAACAUCGAGAAAUCCAUUUUGGAGCAGCAGGUCCUUAAUGAGGAACUGGCCACAAAGAAGGAGCAGGUCUCAGAAGCCAUCAAAACAGCCCAGAUGUUCGUUGCGAGGCACAAUAACAAGCUUUCUGGCCAGGAGAAGGAAGUCAUUCUGGCCCAGGUAGAUGUCCUGCGGGAGACCUAUGACCAGCUUUGCUCUGAGUCCAGCGAUCAGCUCCAGCAGCUGCAGAGCCACAUGGCCCAGGAAACCGCACACAAGGGAACCGAGACUGUGGCUGGAGUGCUGGACCUUGGCACAAUGGAAGUCUUUCCCAUUUGGGGGGCCAUGCAGAAGGGCCUCCUGGACCAAGAAACUGGCCUCCUGCUGCUGGAGGCCCAAGUUGCUUCUGGUGGCCUUGUAGCUCCCGAUACCACCGAAAAGAUCUCGCUAUCUGAAGGCUUGGCGAAAGACAUCAUUGAUGCUAAGACCUAUGCAAUGCUUCAGGAGCUACAGAGUGGGGUCCAGUUGGUCAACAGCCAUGACCUUCAAGGGAAGCCGCUUCUUCCCCUUGCGGCUGCCAUGGAGGAUGGGACGAUCAGCGAAAGGGUUGGUUUGACAAUCGCAGAGAUGCAACUCCUUGCCGGAGGGCUUCGAGAUCCCUCCAGCGAUGGGAGGAUUGGCCUAGAAGAGGCUCUCCAAGGAGGCAUGAUUCCCCCUCAUCUCCAUGAGAAGAUAGCCUCUUGCUUGGGUUCUUGCAAGACUUUGAUUGACCCCAAUUCGGCCACGAAAACGGGCCUGAGUGACCUGCUGCAGCAGUGCAUCCCGGACCCAGAGACAGGGCUGAGUUUGCUUCCAGUGCAUCAACUGGCAGGAGGGAUGGUGAGCCUCACCUCUGGCCAGAAGGUGAACAUCUUCCGUGCAGUGCAGGAAGGUCUCAUCGAGACACAGGUUGCUGUGCGGCUUCUGGAAGCCCAGCUUUUUGCUGGUGGCAUAGUGGACCCUAAAAGCGGCCACCGGCUGACUGUAGAGGAGGCUGCGAGACAUAACCUGAUUGACCAAGAUCUGGCCUGCGCCCUUCUAGUCCGGCAGAUGCAAACAGGCGGCAUUGUGGAUACGGUUACAGGAGAGAGGCUGUCACUGGACGAAGCCAUCAGGAAAGGCUUGGUGGAGCCUAGAAUGGCUGUGGCCACCUUGGAAUCCCUGUGGUCAUUUAUGGGCCUCCUGCAGCCUGAAUCGGGUGAGAUCCUCCCAGUUGCAACUGCAUUGGAUCGAGGAAUCUUGUCUCCCGAACUGGCUGAUGAGAUCUUAAGCAAGAGGCAACACAUUGAGGCUGUUUUUAUACCAGAAACCCGAGAGAUCGUGCCAUGGGAGAAGACCAUGGAUGCUGGGAUCUUGAGCCAAGAUGCCAUCAAGACAUUAAAGUCAACGCUCCUUCCUGAUGUCAUGCCAAAUAUGCCCUUAGCUGACUCCCCGCCAGGCAGAGUCCAAAAGAUCAGCCCAACAGAUGACAAAGACCAAAGCAAGGGAUGUAAAGAACGAAUGUUGUUCUAUUUGAUGACCCACAGCUAUGUUGAUACUUGCAGCGGCCAGAAACUGCUUCUCCUGGCAGAGGAGGACUUGAGCACCCUUGCUGACAUUGUGGAGCCCACCAUAGAGAAAGACCCUCACUCACAGCCCAUGGAGGAAAGGCAGCACCAACCCAAAGGCUGGGAGGUUGUGGAGGACAGGAUGGUGGCAGCUGUGGAAUCUGAGCCCUGCAGUGAAUUGGUCUGGAAAGAGCUUGAACUGAACUUAUCAGUACCACAGAAAGAGCUGGAGAGGAAUCUGAUGGUAGGCGUUUGUCCUCCGACCUAUAAGAAUGGAAGGGAAGCUGGAGAUCUUCCAGGGAAAGAGGUGGAAAGAGAUGUGAAUGUGAAGGAGGAGAAGGAGGUGGAUUCUUUAGGAGGUUUUGGAAGUGAAACAGAUGGCUCUAAAGGAGAACCAGAACAGAUGUCAAUUCAGAACAUGAGUGAAACAGAUCUAUUAAUAUGUGAAUCUAUAGAAGAAUCCAGCGCUGGGAAAGAAUCGAUAGACAUACAGAUAACAUUGGACAAUGUUAAGUUUGACAGACAACUGGAAGAACAGGAGAUUAUGUAUUCUGAAGAGCAGAAGAGAUUUUCUGAAGUUGAAAGAAGCUGCACUGAAAAAGAAUCCAGAAUGGUUACUGGCAAAUGGGAAAAGAAAGACUCGCAAAGCUUGAAGGAGAAUGUAUUGGGAAAGGCGAUACUUGCAGCAACAAGUGAUGGUUCUGAAGCUAAUUUGUUAAAUGUGGGGAAAGUGGAAAACGGGUCAAUGGAAAGCCUUCUUUGUCAAGAUGAAGGAAAGAUUAGUGAUGAGCCUAUUAAGGAAGAAGGAAAGCUGGCUGGAGAAGGGAGAGUGGGUCAUUCUGACCAGACAGAAAGUGUUGCAUUUCCAAAACUGUCCACAGAAGAAGAUGGCGACACACUGCAUACACUGAUAACACAACUCUGUGGUGGUGGCAUAAUUAAUGAACAGACAGGGGAAAGGAUGCUCUUGGAUGAGUCGGUGUCCUGUGGCAUUCUCCCUGGUCACACAGCCAUCAAACUGAUGGGCGAGUUGAAACUGUUUGGUGGAUUCUUUGAUGCUGAGUCCCGUGAAGCGUUAACCACUGAAGAAGUUAUCCAUGAAGGACUGAUGGAUGAGACCCUUCUCCAUAAGGUGCUGGACUCUGAUAAAGCCAUCAGUGGAGUGGUGGACCCAAGGAGCAAAGCCAUUUACUCUGUCAUGGACGCAGCAGAGGUCGGCCUCUUGGACAAAGAGACGGCUGCGAGAAUCCUGGAAGGGCAAGUGAUUACUGGAGGAAUUGCGGAUGUCAAGCGUGGCAAGAAGGUGUCGGUCACGUUGGCCUCUAAGCUCGGCUUGGUAGAGCGGCCCACUCAAGAGGAGCUGAAGAAACUUGAAAAGGCAUCUAAGGGGAAAGGCAUUGAUAGCACAACCAAAGAGAAACUUAUUUCUUUGCAAGCAGAAAUAGGUGGCAUCGUAGACCCUAAAACCAAAGAACCUUUAACCAUCCCCCAAGCUGUAGAAAAAGGACUGCUGUCUAAGGAGAAAGCCUCUGAGGUCUUGAUGAAGCAGAUAGUUGAUGGAGGGAUCCUUCACCACAAAACAGGCAUGAGACUUUCUGUUGAAGAUGCUUUGGUGCAUAAAUUGGUUGACCAAGGGUCAUAUGAUGUUCUCAGAAAGGCAGAAAAUGUGUGUUUACAUCAGUACAUUCAUCCAGAAACAAAAGAGCUCAUCUCCUUACCCCAAGCUGUGGCCCUUGGACUGAUCAGCUCAGACUUUCAAAGCAAGGUUCAAGGACUGCAAGCCUCGACUGGAAGCAUGUUUGAUCCUGUUUCUCACCAGAAAAUCCCACUGACCAAAGCAGUGAAGGAAGGACUUUUGCCCAAGGCACUUAUGGAAAAAGCCGUAACCUCCUCUGACUUGAAGCAAGCCAUCCUUUGUCCCGAGAGCUGCAGGCUGGUUCCCUACUCCGAAUUGAUCAGGAAGAGUAAAAUUGACAUUGAGUCAGGGCAGAGGUAUUUGGAGGUGGUCCCCUUCCAAGGCCUCAAGGAUGAAAGGACUGGGAAUGUGCUUCUGUAUCCCCAGGCAGUGACACUUGGGAAAGUGGAGCCUGCACUUGUGUUGAGGUUGUUGAAGGCGCAAGCGGAGUCCGGCGGCAUUGUUGAACCUGCUACGGGCCAAAGACUGUCCCUGGCAGAUGCUUUGGAACAAGGAACAGUGGAUGAAGACAUGGCCAAAGCUAUUGCAGUCAGUCAACUCUCGACUGGAGGCAUUGUUGGAACUGAGAGAGGACAAAGGCUAACAUUAAUGGAAGCAGUUGAGAUGGGGCUUGUCAGCAAGAAAUUAGCCAGUGUGAUCCAGGAAAGUGCUCUAGUGAUCAGUGAUGAUGUGGAAGGACAUGAAGAUAGUCAGCCACAACUGUUGCUUCAAAAUGGUACCUCUAAAACUGAUGUGCCGUCCAUUGGUGAAUAUUCCACUGAGAGUAAUGAGGAGAAGCAGUCAGUUCUCUUUGAAGGAACAGACUCCAAGAUGUCUGAAGAGGCCCCUGUUGGUUCUCUUAAAGGCAUUCAGGAGAUGGUAGAAGAGAUGGGUGACUCCGUGCCACCUUCCCUUCCACUUCCUUCUGGUCCACUUUUAGGAGAAGGCAAGAUGGAGUCAGAGCUGGCCUUGAUGUUAGAUCCAGUUGGAGCCCUGCAACUGAAGGCCCAGAAGAAAGACAUGAAGAGGAAGAGCCGGUUGCGGAGAGAAGAGCUCCGGAAAGGAGAGGUAGAAAAGCCAGGAGCAAGUGACCAAGUAAUAGAGAAGGAAUGGCAAAAUAUAGUGAGGAAUGAGAGAAUUAAUGGGGAGCAGGAGCAAAACCAGAGAGUGUUUGCUCAAGAAGAGAGUGACAGGACAGAUCUUGCUUCCGAAGCAGCCCAAAGGACUAUCUGUUUACAUUCUCUGGAAACCUCAAAUGAUCUGAGAGAGAAUGAAAAAGCUGGCCUUGGUUCUGAAGAACCUACAGCAAUUGAGUCUCAGAUGCUAACCUCGGAAAAAGCUUUGUUUGGAGACACCAAGAUUGAACAGUCAGGAAUGACGCCUGAAUUAAAAAGCCAGGAUCCCAAAGCUUCAGAAAGUACUGGCAUAGAGGCCCCCAAAAAGAUGAAGAAGAAGACCAAAAGGAAUAGAAAGCAGGCUGCUGCCACAAUAGACCCAGCUCAGUUGCCUGAGUCUUCCCAGCUGAGGCCAUCUGAGAUUCCUGUCCUGGUUUCCAAAGAAGUUUUGAUGCAAAGGACUUCUUCUGUUCAAGAAUCCUCUCUUGAUAAUAUCUCUGGCAAGAAGGUGAGGAGUCUUCUCAAACCAGAAAAGGCUGAAGGUAAGAGAGAGGAUCGGGCAGCAUCUGGAAAUGAGAAGAAAGGAGUUAAAGAGAACAUCACAGAUGACCAGAAAGUAAGCACUGUACCAACAACAGAUGCUUUUGGAGACAGAACUGACCAAGAUAUUAGAACUAACCAAGAUUUUCCAUUACGGCUGGAUGCAGUAGAAAUAAAGAUGGUGGAUGUGCUGGAAGAAAAAGUAUUUCAAGAAAAAGCCCAAGAGCCAUGUCUUUCAAAUGAUAAAGUCCCCAAUCUAGUUGCCAUAGAUGACACCCAAACCUUUGUGUCUUUUGAGACAGAGGCUGUGCAAACUAGGACAAUACUAGAAGGAGAAACAGGCCGUUCUGUUUCCACUCCUUCGCUCUCUCAAGACAAAACCAUCCAGGAAGUGACCAGAGAAGAUGGCAGCAUCGUUGCUAAAGGGCUGACAAUGGAUGAGGAACCAAAAGAGACCAUUGACUCUUUGAGUAGCAAAAUACAUUCCCCAGAGGAGUGCACACUGCAAAGGAGUGGGUUUCCAGAAUGCGAGAGCGACCCUUCUGCUGGAACGUCUCCCAAGACUCAAGACUCAGGCCUAAAAUUGGCCAGAGAAAAGGAGAAGGCGGAUGAACUCUCCAGCACAGUCGAAGGCAGGGAAGAGAGACAGCCAGAUGCCCCUACACUAACCAAGACGCCUCUCAGCAAGCAGCUCUGCCUUGAGCAUGAUGAGAAGCUGGUUGCGCUACUGUCCAGGGUGCGCGAUGUGGAAAUGCGCAUUCAGCGAGUUCCGCUUCUGGAGCAGGACUCAGCCGCACUGCAGGACUUGCUCCACCAAGCAGAAGCCUUGGAUGCAGAGCUACAGGGCCUCUCCUCCCCAGUGAGUCAGGGGCUGGAAGUCGCCCAAAGGCUCCUGGCCAGCCCUCCCCUUCGGGUCCCUGAGCAGCUGCUGAAGGCUUUGGAGAAGGACGCCAAGAACCUCCAGAAGUCCUUUGGCUCUGUGAGCGAAGCCUUAGCUUCAUGGCUGACGAACCUUCAAGCUGCUGCCAAGGAAGAAGAAAAGACUAAAGUCCGAACCCGGCAUGAGGAACUGCAGACAAAGCUGCAAGGGCUGCUGACCUGGGUCUCGGACAUGACACAGUCUCUCAAUGGCCUCGAUUCCAUCGGGGCCAAAACAGCAGAGGACCCUGGCACCUUGCAUUCCUGCCUACAGAGCUACAAGGAUCUGAAGGAGCCCCUCGCCGGCACCAAAGCACAGCUGGAUGCGGCUGCCCUGGACAUCCAGUUCUUCAUUUCGGAGAAUGCGCAAGACCUGAGCCCAGAGCAAAGCCGGCAUCUCUUUCAGCUACUGAACGAACUGCAGGGCUCCUUCCAGGAGCUUUCAGGGAGAGUGUCAGCCCGGACGGAGGUCCUGCGGGUCUGCCUCCUGCGAGUGGAGCAGACCAACCAGACCCUCCAAGAGCAGCAAGUCAUCCGCAACCGGAAUCUGGAGGAAUUGUGUGCCUGGAUGAACCAAGCCGAGGCCCGACUGCAGGACCCCCAGGGAGCCAUACACAAAGGGGAGCUGUCUCUGCUGGAGCAGAAGCAGAGUGACAUCAAGGAUCUGCAGCGGAACAUGCACAGCCGCUCCGCUUCGUUUGCCGGCAUCUUGAAGGCAACAGAGGAGUUUAUGGAGGACAACCAGGCGAAGCUGGACCCCCAGGAGCUGGCCUCUCUCCGAGCCAAACAUGGCCAGGCCAAGGAGCAGCUCCAGUCCCUGCAGGAGAGAGUGGAGGCUGCCCACAAGGAACUGGAGAGCGCAGUCAGCACUGUGGUCCAGCAGCAGACCCAGAAGGUCAAAGCUGUCAAAGACUUUGAGGAAAACCACAGCAAGAUUGAAUCCCUCCUGCACUGGAUGUCUUCACUGGAGAAGUCCAGGGAGACACCCAAAAGUAGAUCCCUCUUAUUGAGCCAAGAAGCAGGAGAUCAGGGAGACAGUCCUGAUGGCCAACUGACAGAGGCCGAUGGAGUCGAGGAAGGCCUCGAUUUGCACUUCCAGAGCUUGAAGGCCCACCACCAGGAGCUGCUUUCCCAGCAGCAGGAGGUCCUCCUGUCGACGCAGUCAGCCCAAGCCUUCCUAGAGAAGAGAGGGCACAAUCUCUCGUCCGCAGAGACACAGCAGCUGCAAGGGAAGCUGGAGGAGCUGAAGGGCCAGUACGCUUCCAAGUUGUCACAGUCGGAGGCACAGCUCAAGCAGGUCCAAUCCUUAAGGGAUGAGCUGCAGAAGUUCCUGAGGGACCACCUAGAGUUUGAGGCCUGGCUGCUGCAAGCCGAGCAGGAGCUGGAGCGGAUGCAUCAUGGGGACCGCAGCCUCGAAGCCCUGCGGCCGAUGCUCCGCCGACAGAGCAGCUUCUCAGAGGACGUCAUCUCCCACAAAGGGGAUCUUCGCUUCGUGACCAUGUCAGGACAGAAGGUGCUGGAUGCGGAGAAGGCCACGGCCGGGCCAGAGGUUUCAGCCACCGGUGCCUUGGUGAAGAGCAAGUUGGAGGACGCCACCAAGAGAUACGGCACUCUACACUCCAAGUGUGCGGCCCUUGGAUCCCACCUGAACCUGCUUCUGGACCGCUCUCAGCAAUUCCAAGACAUUGCGAACUCCCUCCAAAAGUGGCUCCAGGAGAGCGAGGCCGCUGUGUCCAACCUUCUCUCCGAACCUAUUUCUUCCGAUCCGGCCAUUUUGCAGAAGCAGUUGGCCAGCGCCAAGCGUCUGCAGGAGGACCUUGCGGAGCAUCAGGUGCCGGUGGAGAAGCUGGAGAAGGCGUCCCGCUCCCUUCUAGAGAUACACCAAGCCCCCGUUCCUGACCACAAGAGCAUUCAGGAAACCACAGAGUCCGUUGUGAGCCGCUUCCAGGACCUCUGGGGCCGCAUGGCGGAGCGCUCCGACCUCUUGCAGAAGGCGAUUGCCCAGUCGCAGAGUGUCCAGGAGGGGCUGGAGGGCCUGGCCCGGUCCAUGGCCCACAUCGAGGAGAGCCUCCAGCACAAGGAAGGGACCCCCUUCUCCGCUGUUGCCGUCCAGGAGGCCCUCGCCAACAACACCAAGUUGAAGCAGGACUUGGAUCGGCAGAGGAGCCUCCUGGAGGCCACCCAGGGCAUGGUGGCACGCUUUGCGGAGGCAGCCGAGAGUGGGGCGGCAGCAGCAGCCCUGCGGAGCCAGCUGGACGGCCUGACGGAGCGCUUUGGGAGCCUGUGCCAGCGGCGGCAGGAGGAGGAGGAGGCCCUCAAGGAGCUCCUGCCCAAAGUGGAGCAGCACGAGCAGCUCUCCCAGGCCCUGGAGCAGUUCACCGAGAGCCGGGGCCGGAUGCUGGCCGCGGGGAACCAGCCCCAUCAUGACAUUGGCCAUUUCUCCCAACAGAUCCAGGAGCUCAAUUCGGAGAUGAAGCAGCGGCACGAAGACUUGGAAAUGUUGGAAAGCCUGACCGCAGAGCUCAGCGCCUGUGGAUUUGCACCAGCGGGGUCCUCCUCGCACCAGGAGAAAGUGCGCAGUUUGAGGAAGGACUUUGCACAGCUGCAGAAGACAGCGAGGGAGAGGGAGAAAGGCGCCUCAUCCUGCCAGGAGCAGCUGGAUGAAUUCCGGAAACUGGUGGGCUCCAUGCGGCACUGGAUGCAGGAGACAGAGGCCCACAUCCCACCCACGGAGACCUCUCUGGGGACCCACGAGUUGGAGAAGCGGAUGCAGCAGAUUGAGGUUUUGUUGGAGGAAUGGGCCGGAAAAGGUGUCCUUGUGGAGGAGAUCGGCCGGAGAGGGACGACCUUGGAAAGUCUCAUUGUUGAGAUCACUGCUCCUGAUGCCCAAUCCAAGACAGGGUCUGUGCUGCCAUCCGGGGGAAGUGUGGCAGGCAGCAGCGUGAAUGGAUACCACACCUGCAAAGACUUGACGGAGAUCCAGUGUGAUGUCUCGGAUGUGAACCUAGGAUACGAGGGCCUCGGGGGAAACUUGCGCGGGCGCAAAGAGCAAUUUGCGGCCAUUUUGGCCAAGAUGCAGGAGGCCAAGGAGGAGGUGGGCUCGGCCCUGGCCUGGCUGGAAUCCCAGGAGCGGGCCCUGGACGCCCUCGAAGCCUCCGCCUCGCCCUCCAAGCCGGAGAGCGUCCGAGCCCAGGCCGAGCACAACAAGGUCUUUCUGGCUGAAUUGGAGCAGAAUUCCGUGAAGGUCCAGAAAGCAAAAGAAUCGCUUUCUGGACUCUUGCAGAAAUACCCUGAAUCGCCCGAAGCAGGGAAUUGGAAGAGGACCUUGGAGGACUUAGAUUCCCGUUGGGAGCGUGCCAACCAGGUGACGGCGGAGCGGCAGCAGAAGCUGGAGAAAUCAGCCCGCGAGCUGGCAAGCUUCCAGGUGGCAGAGGGGCAGUUGAGGCCCUGGCUGAUGGAGAAGGAGCUCAUGAUGAGUGUCCUGGGGCCUCUCUCCAUCGACCCCAACAUGCUGAGCGCCCAGAAGCAGCAGGUUCAGUUCAUGCUCAAGGAGUUCGAGGCCCGGAAGCCACAGUUCGACCAGCUGAACGCAGCGGCACAAGGGAUGCUGACCGGCCCCGAGGCCUCUCCAUCUGCCGGCCGCAUGCAGGAUGAUCUCCAGGCCAUUAACCAGAAAUGGACAGCACUGAUGGAUCGGCUCGACUCCCGCUCAGGACAGAUUGACCAGGCCAUGGUCAAGAGCACCCAGUUCCAGGCACUGCUCCAGAGCCUGUCGGAGAAGGUCAAGGCGGCUGGCCAGCGGCUGAGCCCCCAGCUGGCGGCCAGCACUCAGCCCGAGGCCGUCAAGCGGCAGCUGGAGGAGGCCAGCGAAGUCCGAUCGGACCUGGAGCAGCUGGAGAGCAACAUGGCCGAGGCCCAGGCCCUUUGUGAGGAGCUCUCCAUUCUCAUCGGCGAGCAGUAUCUCAAGGACGAGCUCAAGAAGCGCAUGGAGGCCGUCGCCCUGCCCCUUAGGGGCCUGCAGGAUCUGGCAGCUGAUCGCAUGAACCGGCUGCAGACAGCCCUGGCCAGCUCCCAGCAGUUCCAGCAGAUGUUUGAUGAGCUCCAGGCUUGGCUGGAUGAGAAGGUGAGAUGUCAGGCCCAGGGCGGCCCCGUCUCGGCCAAACUGGAGCGGCUGCAGUCCCAGAUCCAGGAGCAGGAAGAGCUGCAGAAGAGCCUCAACCAGCACAGUGGCUCCUAUGAAAUGAUCGUGGCUGAAGGGGAGUCCCUGCUGGUCUCGGCCCGUGCUGGUGAGGAGAAGGCCCGCCUGCAAGGCCAGCUGACCAACCUGAAGGCUCGCUGGGAAGAGCUGAGCAAGCAGGCUGCAGACCGCCACACCAAGCUAAAGGACUGCCUGCAAAAGGCCCAGAAGUAUCAGCGCCACGUGGAGGACCUAUUCCCAUGGGUUGAGGACUGCAAAUCCAAGGUGAUGGAGCUGGAAGUCACUUUGGACCCGGUGCAACUAGAAGCCACACUCCUGCGGUCAAAGGCCAUGCUGAGCGAUGUGGAGAAGCGGCGCUCCCUCCUCGAGAUGCUGAACAGUGCUGCCGAUGUUCUCAUCAAUGCUUCAGAGACGGACGAAGAUGACAUCCGGGACGAGAAAGCUGGUAUCAACCAGAAGAUGGAUGCCAUUACGGAGGAGCUCCAAGCGAAGGCGGGGUCCCUUGAAGAGAUGUCGCAGCGGCUGAAGGAGUUCCAAGAGAGCCUCCGGAACAUCGAGAAGAAGCUGGAAGGGACGAAGCACCAGCUGGAGAUCUACGACACCCUGGGCCCUCAGGCCUGCAGCAAUAAGAACCUGGAGAAGCUAAGGUCGCAGCAAGAGGCCCUUCGAGCGUUGGCUCCCCAGGUUGACUACUUGAAGAACUUCACCCGGGGUUUGGUGGAGGAUGCUCCAGAUGGCUCGGACUCCUCCCAUCUCCUUCACCAAGCAGAGACGGCCCAGCGGGAGUUCGAGGAGGUCGGCCGAAAAGUGAGCGAGUGUUGCACACUCAUGGAAAGCAAGCUGGAAGGCAUUGGGCAGUUCAGCAACCAUGUCCGAGAGAUGUUCUCUCAACUGGCAGACUUCGACGAUGAGUUGGAUGGCAUGAGCCCUGUUGGCAGGGACCUGGACAGUCUCCAGUCCCAAGCCGAAGACAUGCAUGACUUCCUGGGCAAGCUCCAGCGGCUAAAGCAGGACAUCCAGGUGUCCGAGGAGAAGUGUCGGGAGAUGCUAGAUGAUGAGGGGAGCCCCGACCUUGUGGGACUGAGGCGCGAGCUGGAAACCAUCCACAAGCAGUGUGGCAAGCUGGCCGACCGAGGCAGGAGCCGCCUAGAGCAAGUGGAGGCGGCUCUGUCCCGCCUGAGGGACUUCUAUGGCAAACUGAGGGAGCUGACUGCCAUGGCUGCUGCAGCAGAGGAGAGCGAGGCCCUGCAGUGGGUGGUGGGCACCGAGGUGGAGGCCAUCAACCAGCAGCUGGCUGACUUCAAGGUGUUCCAGAAGGAGAAAGUGGAUCCCAUUCAGCUUAAACUGCAGGAAGUCAAUGGAAUCGGUCAGGGGCUCAUCCAGAGUGCAGGAAAGAACUCCGAUGUGCAAGGCCUGGAACAUGAUAUGGAGGACAUCAACGCCCGUUGGAAUACCCUCAACAAGAAGGUGGCCCACAGAACGGCGCAACUGCAAGAGGCCCUGUUGCAUUGUGGGAAAUUUCAGGAUGCCUUGGAACCUCUGCUUAGCUGGCUGACUGACACAGAGGAGCUCAUCUCCAAUCAGAAGCCACCGUCAGCUGAAUACAAAGUAGUAAAGGCUCAAAUCCAGGAGCAAAAGCUACUCCAGCGCCUCCUGGAUGACCGGAAAGCCACUGUGGAGAUGAUCCACGCAGAAGGUGGGCGGAUAGCGCAGUCUGCUGAGCCAGCUGACAGGGAAAAGAUAGCAGCCCAACUGGAGAGCCUUGGAGGUCGCUGGGAAGGCCUCCUCAGCAAAGCAAUGGCCAGGCAAAACCAGCUGGAGGAGAUCCUGGUGUUGGCCAAGCAGUUCCACGAAACAUCGGAGCCCAUCUCUGACUGGUUGUCGGUGACAGAGAAGAAACUGGCCAAUUCGGAGCCGAUUGGGACACAGACGCCCAAAAUCCAGCAGCAGAUCACCCGGCAUAAGGCUCUCGCAGAAGAGACCGAGAGCCAUGCUCCGGCUGUGGCUCAGGCGGUCAGCCUCGGCCAGUCCCUGUCCGCCCUGAGCUGCCGCCCGGACCAGGCCUCUCUGGCUGAAAAGCUGGACCUGCUGCAGUCACGCUACGCAGAGGUCUGUGAGCGCUGUGGCCGGAAGGCUGCCCUCUUGGACCAGGCCUUGGUCAACGCCCGGCUCUUUGGGGAGGAUGAAGUGGAGGUGCUCAACUGGCUGGGAGAGGUGCAGGUCAAGCUGGACUUGGUGGCUGUUAAGGACUACAAGUUGGACGUCCUGCUCAGGCAGCAUGCCGACCAGAUGACCUUGAAUGACGAGAUUGUGAACCGCAAGAAGAAUGUCGACCAGGCCAUUAAGAAUGGACAGGCUCUUCUGAAGCAAACCACAGGAGAAGAAGUGUUGCUUAUCCAGGAGAAGUUGGACGGCAUCAAGACCCGCUAUGCGGACAUCACCGCCUCCAGUGCCAAGGCCCUCCGCACACUGGAACAGGCCCGGCAGCUGGCCGCCAAAUUCCAGUCAACGUAUGAAGAGCUGACUGCCUGGAUGAGCCAAGUGGAACAGGAGCUGGGCUCCAGCGGAGGACUUUCACCCGUCGGGGAGCAGAUCCCCCAGUUCCAGCAGAGACAGAAGGACCUGAAAAAGCAGGUGAUGGAGCGCAGGCUGGUCCUGGACACAGUCAAUGAAGUGAGCCGUGCGCUCUCAGAGCUGGUGCCCUGGCGAGCACGGGGAAGCCUGGAGAAGACUGUCUCGGACACCAACGAGCGUUACAAGCAGAUCAGUGACACCAUCAAGCAAAGAGUGGACGAGAUCGAUGCCGCCAUACAGAGAUCCCAACAGUACGAACAAGCAGCUGAUGCAGAACUCGCCUGGGUUGCAGAGACGAAACGAAAGCUGAUGGCGCUGGGUCCGGUGCGCUUGGAGCAGGAGCACACCACUGCACAGCUGCAAGUGCAAAAGGCUUUCUCAAUUGACAUCAUUCGGCACAAGGAUUCUGUGGAUGAACUGCUCAGCCAGAGGGAUGAUAUCUUUGGGACUUGUGGAAAGGAGCAGAAAGCCAUUCUGCAGGAGAAAACUGAAUCCCUUCUGCAGCAGUACGAUGACAUCAGCCACCUCAACUCAGAGCGCUAUGCACGCCUGGAGCGGGCCCAGGUCUUAGUCAACCAGUUCUGGGAGACCCAUGAGGAGCUUAGCCCUUGGCUGGAGGAGACACAGACGCUGAUCGGGCAGCUGCCUCCACCAGCCAUUGACUAUGAGCACCUCAAGCAGCAGCAGGAGGACAUGAGGCAACUGCGGGAAUCCAUCGCUGAGCACAAACCUCAUAUUGACAAGCUGCUGAAGAUUGGGCCCCAGCUGAAGGAGCUGAACCCUGAGGAAGGGGAGAUGGUGCAGGAGAAGUACCAGGCUGCUGAAGCCACCUAUGCGCGCAUCAAGGAGGAGGUCAGGCAGCGAGCCCUGGCCUUGGACGAGGCCGUCUCCCAGUCGACCCAGUUCCAUGACAAGAUUGAGCCCAUGCUGGAGACGCUGGAGAGCCUAUCCUCCCGGUUGCGCAUGCCUCCACUGAUUCCAGCCGAGGUCGAAAAGAUUCGGGAGUGCAUCAGUGAAAACAAGAAUGCUACGAUGGAGCUAGAGAAGCUCCAGCCAUCCUUCCAGGCUCUGAAACGGCGUGGAGAAGAGCUGGUUGGGCGGUCACAAGGGACAGACAAGGAUCCGGCAGCCAAAGAAAUCCAGGAUAAGCUCGAUAAGAUGGUGUUCUUCUGGGAAGACAUCAGAGCUCGGGCAGAGGAACGGGAGAUCAAAUUCCUUGAUGUCCUGGAACUGGCCGAGAAGUUUUGGUAUGACAUGGCCGCCCUUUUGACCACCAUCCGAGAUACGCAGGACAUCGUCCAUGACCUGGAGAGCCCUGGCAUUGACCCAUCCAUCAUCAAACAGCAGAUUGAAGCCGCAGAGACAAUCAAGGCAGAAACAGACAGUUUGCACGAAGAACUGGAGUUCAUCCGGAUCCUUGGGACUGACCUUAUUUUUGCCUGUGGUGAGACGGAGAAACCUGAAGUAAAGAAAAGCAUUGAUGAGAUGAACAGCGCCUGGGAGAACCUGAACAAGACCUGGAAGGAGCGCCUGGAACGGCUGGAGGAGGCCAUGCAGUCAGCGGUGCUGUAUCAGGACACGCUGCAGGCCAUGUUUGACUGGCUGGACAACACCGUGAUCAAACUGUGCAACAUGCCUCCGGUGGGCACCGACCUCAACACCGUCAAAGAGCAGCUGAAGGAGAUGAAGGAAUUUAAAACAGAAGUGUACCAGCAGCAAAUUGAGAUGGAGAAGCUGAAUCACCAGGGGGAAAUCAUGCUGAAAAAGGCAGCAGACGAGACAGACAGAGAUAUCAUCAGGCGGCCAUUGACAGAGCUAAAGCAUCUCUGGGAAAACCUGGGUGACAAAAUUGCCGAUCGGCAGCACAAGCUGGAAGGCGCUCUCUUGGCCCUUGGCCAGUUCCAGCAUGCCUUGGCCGAGCUGAUGGCAUGGCUGACCCACACGGAGCAGCUGCUGGAUGCCCAGAAGCCCAUCAAAGGCGACCCCAAGGUCAUUGAAGUGGAGUUAGCUAAGCACCAUGUGCUGAAGAACGAUGUGCUGGCACAUCAGGCCACUGUGGAAACGGUGAACAAAGCCGGAGAUGAACUCCUGCAAUCCACCGCUGGGGAUGACGCCAGCAAACUCCGGGACCGGCUCGAUGCAAUGGUACUCUGCUGGGAGACGGUGCUGUGUAAGACAGAGGAGCGUGAACAGCAGCUUCAAAUGACCCUGCAGCAAGCUCAAGGUUUCCAUGGUGAAAUUGACGACUUCCUUCAAUGGCUGACGAGAAUGGAAAACCAGCUGUCGGCCUCUAAACCCACAGGAGGGCUACCGGAGACAGCCCGGGAACAACUGAAUGCACAUAUGGAACUCUAUGCCCAGUUCAAAGCCAACGAGACGGUCUUUGGCCAGCUCCUGGACAAAGGGAGGUUUAUGCUGCUGGGCCGUGAUGACUGUGGUUCUGGAUCCAAGACGGAGCAGAGCGUGGCUCUCCUGGAGCAGAAGUGGAACAUCGUGAGCAGCAAGAUGGAGGAAAGAAAGACCAAGCUGGAAGAGGCCCUUAGACUGGCUGCAGAGUUCCAGAACUCCCUGCAGGACUUCAUCAAUUGGCUGACCUUUGCAGAGCAGAGCUUGAACGUUGCCCCUCCACCAAGCCUCAUCCUCGCCAUGGUGCUCUCGCAAAUUGAAGACCAUAAGGUGUUUGCCAAUGAAGUGAAUGCCCACCGAGAUCAGAUCAUUGGCCUUGACCAGAGUGGGAACCAGCUGAAAUUCCUCAGUCAGAAGCAAGAUGUGGUCUUGAUCAAAAAUCUCCUGGUCAGCGUCCAGUCCCGCUGGGAGAAAGUGGUCCAGCGGUCGGUUGAAAGGGGAAGGGCUCUGGAUGAUGCCAGGAAGCGAGCAAAGCAGUUUCAUGAAGCUUGGAAGAAGCUGGUUGACUGGCUGGAAGAUGCAGAGAACCAUUUGGAUUCUGAUCUGGAAAUUUCAAACGACCCUGACAAGAUCAAACUGCAGCUCUCUAAGCACAAGGAGUUCCAAAAGACUCUGGGUGGGAAACAGCCCGUUUAUGAUACCACAAUCCGGACAGGGCGAGCUCUGAAAGAAAAAGCUCAGUUCUCAGAUGAUGGGCAAAGCCUAGACCAUCUCCUUGGAGAAGUCCGUGACAGAUGGGACACCGUCUGUGGCAAAUCUGUGGAAAGGCAGCACAAACUGGAAGAGGCCCUUCUCUUCUCUGGGCAGUUCAUGGAUGCCUUGCAAGCCCUAGUUGACUGGCUGUACAAAGUGGAGCCGCAGUUGGCCGAAGACCAGCCAGUCCACGGCGACUUGGACCUGGUCAUGAACUUAAUCGAUGCUCACAAGGUCUUCCAGAAGGAACUUGGAAAGCGGACCGGUACCGUCCAGGUUCUGAAGCGCUCUGGCCGGGAACUCAUUGAGAACAGCCGCGACGAUACAACAUGGGUGAAAGUACAGCUUCAGGAACUGAGCAACCGCUGGGACACUGUCUGCAAGAUGUCUGUCCUGAAGCAAAUCCGGCUGGAGCAAGCCUUUAAGCAGGCGGAAGAGUUCCGGACUGCUGUCCAUUUGCUGCUGGACUGGCUCUCAGAAGCUGAGCAGACCCUUCGCUUCAGAGGUGCUUUACCGGAUGAUGCAGAGGCCUUGCAGUCGCUCAUUGACACGCACAAGGAGUUCAUGAAGAAAGUUGAGGAGAAAAUAUCAGAUGUGACUGUGGCUGUGGGGAUGGGAGAGGUCAUCCUAGCCGUGUGCCACCCUGACUGCAUCACCACCAUCAAGCACUGGAUCACCAUAAUCCGGGCUCGGUUUGAAGAAGUCCUUGCCUGGGCCAAGCAGCACCAGCAGCGGUUGGAAGCUGCCUUGUCAGAGCUGGUGGCCAAUGCUCAGCUGCUGGAGCAGCUCCUGGCAUGGAUUCAGUGGGCCGAAACGGCACUCAUCCAACGGGACCAGGACCCCAUGCCACAGAACAUUGAUCAAGUCAAAGCCCUGAUUGCAGAGCACCAGUCAUUUAUGGAAGAAAUGACGCGAAAACAGCCGGACGUGGAUCGUGUCACGAAAACAUACAAGAGGAAAGCCACCGAGCCAAGCCAUGGUCCUCUCAGUGAGAAAUCACGAAGCAAUAGAAAAUCUUUAACCCAGCCUUCGCCUCCUCUGAUGCCUGUUCUCUCCCAGUCGGAGGCCAAGAACCCGCGCAUCAACCAGCUCUCAGCCCGAUGGCAGCAGGUCUGGCUCCUGGCCCUGGAGCGGCAGCGCAAGCUCAACGAUGCCCUGGACCGCCUGGAAGAGUUGAAAGAGUUUGCCAACUUUGACUUUGAUGUAUGGCGGAAGAAGUACAUGCGGUGGAUGAAUCACAAGAAGUCACGCGUCAUGGACUUUUUCCGGCGCAUCGACAAAGAUCAGGAUGGGAAGAUCACCCGGCAGGAGUUCAUCGAUGGGAUCCUGGCAUCCAAAUUCCCCACCACAAAGUUGGAGAUGACUGCUGUAGCUGACAUCUUUGACCGGGACGGGGAUGGCUACAUCGACUAUUAUGAGUUUGUUGCAGCUCUGCAUCCUAAUAAAGAUGCUUACCGGCCCACCACGGAUGCAGACAAAAUCGAGGAUGAGGUGACGAGGCAAGUGGCGCAAUGCAAGUGCGCAAAGAGGUUCCAAGUGGAGCAGAUUGGAGAGAACAAAUACCGGUUUUUCCUCGGCAACCAGUUUGGCGAUUCGCAGCAGUUGCGGCUGGUCCGUAUCCUGCGCAGCACAGUCAUGGUCCGUGUCGGCGGAGGCUGGAUGGCCCUGGACGAGUUUCUAGUGAAGAACGAUCCCUGCCGAGUUCACCACCCUGGAAGUAAAAUAAAACGCUCUGAUUCCAGUUCUUCGAUUGCCAGUCAGUCUCCAAUAGCACGAGGAAGGACCAACCUUGAACUCCGGGAGAAAUUCAUCCUUCCAGAGGGGGCUUCUCAGGGAAUGGCACCAUUCCGAUCUCGGGGCCGGCGGUCCAAGCCCUCUUCACGGGCUGCCUCCCCGACUCGCUCCAGCUCCAGCGCCAGCCAGAGCAACCACAGCUGCACUUCCAUGCCAUCCUCUCCAGCCACGCCAGCAAGCGGCACAAAGACUCCGCAUCACUUCACUCGUUCUUAUGACAAACCCUGGUUGGCAAACAGCAAGCCAGGGACCCCCUCCUCCCAGAGGGGCCACAAUAGCGCUGACCUCCGCCUGUCUGCUUCUGAGGUGGCGCCGUCUUCCAGUAGCAAGCUGAAACGGCCCACUUUCCACUCAAGCCGAACAUCACUGGCUGGGGAUACCAGUAAUAGCUCUUCACCAGUUUCUUCGGGUGCCAAAACUAACCGGGCAGACCCAAAGAAGACCACUAGCCGCCCAACCAGUCGGGCUGGGAGCCGGGCCAGCAGCCGCCGGGGCAGCGACGCCUCAGAUUUCGACCUGGAGACCCAGUCUGCCUGCUCCGACACCUCAGAGAGCAGCGCCACUGGAGGGCAAGGGGGCUCCCGGCGGGGCACUGGGGCCAAACCCUCCAAGAUCCCAACGAUCACAAAAAAGACGCCUUCCGCCAACACUGCUGUCAGCCCCAAAAUGCCUGGUGCUAGGAGAUAACAUGGCAUCCAUCAUAUUUCCUGCCUGGCAAAACUGACAUUAAGAGAAAGGACCCAGCUAUUGAAACACCCUGCUGGGUGCAUAUUUAUUCUAGAUGGAAAAAUAUAUAUAUAUUGUUUAAAGUUUAAAAAAGUUGUCAAGCUGCCUUAUUUUGUUCUGUUAAUUUUUUUGUAAGUUACUAUUUUCAUGUGAAUAUUUAUGUAGAUAAAACUUGCCUUCUGGUGACCUUUUUUGCGUUUGGGUCGGGGGGGGGGGGACUGAGACAAGCAAAAGGUCAGGAUGUGAAAAUGUACAAACUAAACCAUUAUAAAUAGGAUUUCUGUGCAGCGCAGGAGCUUUAUCCUGCUUUAUCUUUUAGGAUUGUUUCCUAAAACAUUGUUAUGAGAAAACAACGUUUCACUUGCUGUCCCAGCAAGUUAUUGAGAAAAGCAACACAGGACUAUCCAGCAGUGUUCAAGGAACUCUCUCUUUCUUUUUCUUUUUUUGUGUAAAUCUUGGAUACCUCAAAAAGAGAGAAAACAUG